GCCGCGAGUCUCGCGCUGUUUGGCGCUGGCCCCGGUGCCUUCCGCGGCUCGUUCCCGUCUCCCCCUCCUCACGCAGAGUUAAUAUGGUCACCGGCGAUGGACCCUGUCAGGCCAGAAUGCCCGUUCCAGUACUUAAUUGAAAGUUUAAAUGACAAUCCAGAAAAGAAAUUUUACAAUGUCCCUAAACUUGGAGGCACCAAGUAUGAUAAUUUGCCUUACACUGUACGGGUACUGUUGGAAGCUGCUGUCCGUAACUGUGAUGGCUUCUUUGUUAAAAAGGAAGAUGUUCUGAACAUUCUAGACUGGAAAACAAAACAGAACAAUGUUGAAGUGCCCUUCUGUCCUGCCAGGGUUCUCCUUCAAGAUUUUACUGGAAUUCCUGCAAUGGUGGAUUUUGCUGCCAUGAGGGAAGCAGUGAAAAUUCUUGGAGGAGAUCCUAUGAAAGUCUAUCCUGCAUGCCCAACUGAUCUCACUGUUGACCAUUCUUUGCAGAUUGACUUCAGUAAAUGUGCGAUACAGAAUGCUCCAAAUCCUGGAGGAGGUGACUUACAGAAACCAUUGGCAAAACUUUCACCACUGAAAGUGCAGCCUCGGAAGCUACCCUGCAGAGGCCAGACUGGCUGCAAAGGGCCGUGUAGUGCUGGAGAAUCGAGUCGUAACUCAGGACAGUUUUCUGCACAGAUUGAGAACACGCCCAUCCUCUGUCCUUUUCAUCUUCAACCAGUGCCUGAGCCUGAAACAGUGUUAAAAAACCAGGAGAUGGAAUUUGGUAGGAAUAGAGAGAGGCUUCAGUUUUUUAAGUGGAGUUCAAAGGUUUUUAGGAACGUUUCUGUAAUUCCACCUGGAACUGGAAUGGCACAUCAAGUGAACUUGGAAUAUUUGUCAAAAAUUGUUGUUCAGCAUAAAGACUUCCUAUAUCCAGACAGUGUAGUUGGCACAGAUUCUCACACAACUAUGGUAAAUGGCUUGGGGAUCCUGGGAUGGGGUGUUGGUGGUAUUGAAACAGAAGCAGUUAUGCUGGGAAUGCCAGUUACUUUCACUUUGCCUGAGGUGGUUGGGUGUGAGCUGACAGGCUCUGCCAGCCCACUUGCUACAUCCAUUGAUGUGGUCCUAAGCAUUACAAAGCAACUCAGGCAAGCAGGGAUAGCUGGAAAAUUUGUUGAGUUUUUUGGAACUGGAGUUUCCCAGCUGUCUAUAGCCGACCGAACUACAAUAGCAAAUAUGUGUCCGGAGUAUGGUGCUAUUCUGAGCUUUUUCCCUGUUGAUAAUGUGACACUAAAGCACUUAAGGCAUACAGGUUUUGGCAACGCUGGGCUUGCGUCUAUGGAAGCAUAUCUUAAAGCUGUGAAGUUGUUUAGAAAUGAGCAGAUUUCAUCAGGAGAACCAGAGUAUUCCCAGACAAUUCAAGUAAAUCUAAGCUCUAUAAUUCCAUGUGUCAGUGGCCCAAAGAGGUCACAAGAUAGAGUGGCUGUUACAGAUAUGAAAAGUGAUUUCCAAGCCUGCUUAAAUGAAAAGUCUGGCCUCAAAGGAUUUCAGAUCGCAGCUGAGAAACAAAAUGAUGUUGUGCUUGUUCAGUAUGAAGGAAAUGAAUACAAACUGUCUCAUGGAUGUAUUGUCAUUGCUGCAGUAAUCAGUUGUACAAAUAACUGCAAUCCAUCUGUCAUGCUUGCUGCAGGUCUAUUGGCCAAAAAGGCUGUUGAAGCCCACCUCAUGGUUAAACCUUAUAUAAGAACAAGUUUAUCUCCAGGCAGUGGAAUGGUUACACAUUACCUAAGUUCAAGUGGAGUAUUGCCAUAUCUUAGCAAACUUGGAUUUGAGGUUGUUGGGUAUGGAUGUUCAACAUGUGUUGGGAACACAGCCCCUUUGCCAGAAGCUAUUCGAAAUGCGAUAAAGCAGGGUGACCUAAUUGCUUGUGGAGUUUUGUCUGGAUCCAAAAACUUUGAAGGCCGUCUCUGCGAUUGUGUCCGUGCCAACUACCUUGCUUCUCCACCAUUAGUAGUUGCUUAUGCAAUAGCUGGCACCGUUAAUAUUGAUUUCCAGACUGAGCCUUUAGGUGUUGACCCUAAUGGCAAAAAUAUCUACUUGCGUGAUAUUUGGCCCACUCGAGAAGAACUUCAGCAUGUAGAAGAAGAGUAUGUGAUAUCAUCCAUGUUUAAAGAAUUAAAUGAAAAAAUCAAGAAAGGAGAUAAGCGAUGGAACCUUCUGGAAGCACCAGAGUCAGUUUUGUUUCCAUGGGAUUUGAAGUCUACUUAUAUCAGAUGUCCUUCAUUUUUUGAUAAGUUUGCCAAAGAACCAGUUUCAAUACAACAGAUUGAAAAAGCCCAUGUCUUGCUAUAUUUGGGAGAUUCUGUAACUACAGAUCACAUAUCACCUGCGGGAAGCAUUGCAAGGAGUAGUGCUGCUGCUAAAUAUCUGACAAAUAAAGGCCUCACACCUCGUGAAUUCAAUUCUUAUGGAGCUCGAAGAGGUAACGAUGCUGUGAUGACCAGAGGUACCUUUGCAAAUAUCAAGCUUUUAAACAAAUUCAUAGGAAAACCAGCCCCCAAAACAAUUCAUUUUCCAUCAGGACAAACGCUAGAUGUGUUUGAAGCAGCAGAGUUGUACCAAAAGGAAGGCAUUCCUGUGAUUAUUUUGGCAGGGAAGAAGUAUGGUUUGGGUAGCUCAAGAGAUUGGGUUGCAAAAGGGCCUUUUUUACUGGGUGUUAAAGCUGUGAUAGCAGAAAGCUAUGAGAAGAUGCAUAAAGGUCACUUGAUUGGAAUUGGCAUAGCUCCACUUCAGUUCCUUUCUGGGGAAAAUGCCAGUGUUUUGGGCCUCACUGGCAAAGAACAGUUUUCUAUAUCAUUUCCUCAAGAGCUGUUUCCAGGAAUGACUUUGGAUGUUAAGACAAACACUGGAAAAGCAUUCAGCGUGAUUGCCUUGUUUGAGAAUGAUGUGGAAAUAACAUUAUACAAACAUGGUGGAAUUCUAAACUACGUGGCUCGAAGAUUCUUGUAGUAGAUACUGACUAUAUGGAUACCUUGCAUAACUGGUUAUUCUGAAAAUGCCUUGUGUGACCCCAGGAAUCCAUACCGUGGAACUGCAAACAGUCCUAGUGUGCUCAAAGUUACUUCGUCCAUGGAUGUUAAAAGAUUGUGAAUCAUUGUAACUGCAACCAGAUCCUUCCUGAUUUUAAAUAAUAUACGAAUGGUGCUAUUAAACAUUGCUAAAAUCGACAUACGUGUGUUGUGGCAGAGAGCUGUAAGUAUGGGGCGAGGGAAUGUUUUAUCAGACCAUUUUGUAAAUAAACUAUGUGAAAUCUGAAA